AUGGCGAAGGCCACCCCUCCUUCCCCUCGCAAUUUCCAAUUCAGGCGUCUCCUCGAUAACCUCGAGUACAAAUUCCACCGUCAGACCGGACUGGCCAAGGACAGCGUCUAUGUACGAUCGGACAUGGCCGUGAGGGUGAUCUACGACCUCGACUUUGGCUGGUCGAUAUGGGCUGACGGCGGCGACGGCGACAACCACCACCACGCAGACGGUGCAGACGACAACUGCCUCUCAAACCCAAACCCCCCACCACGACCGAGUCGUCGGAGAGGGAGCCUCGUCGGUCGCGUGUGGGAUGUUCCAGUCAAGGAUCAAGGGGACCAUCCGCCCAUCGGAGUCUGGGUCAGUCGCAAGGGUGACAAGUCGUACGUCUACUUGCUUGAAUAUCUGGAUUAG